UAACAUAUUGUUCUAGAGCAAGACUAAUGUCCAGCAGAGCGAGGGAUCAUUCUCGCAUCUCCCAUCGGGCAGCCAGGCACUCGGUUGGGGUCGUUGGAAGUAUAGCCGCCUCACAAGACAACAGCUCGAGGCAACCACCUUCCGUUGAAAUUGCAUCCCCCUCAUCCGACUGCGUCAAGGCGCACCUUCUCUUCUUCUCCUGCAUCAUCCCUCCAUCCGUACCAAGUAUGUUUGCGCGUCUUGCACAAUAGCAUUUUUGCCGGCGAGAAUUCUGUCACCGACACCUCUACGCGAUGACCGUCUUCAUCGCUUCUCUAUUUCUCCCUUACACCAUUGACUUCAAGACAACUGGCGCCAGAGGUGGUCGUCGCAGGUCUUCGCUCAGCCAUGGUGCUGUCGAUGGCUCCAACUCUGGUCCCAUUGUCGGUCGCCUACCUCGCCUCCGCUCUGGCAGCAUAGCGUUGACCCCCGGGGCGACGACCGAGGAUGAGAAAAUCUUCAAGGCUUACGCAUCGCAUUUUGCCGAUGAAGUUUCUAUCGCUGAUGACCCUAAAGGACCUGGUCCCAGUGAGCCUCGUGCCGUGCCUUGGGGUCGUAGCAAUAGGUUCAACCAGCCCCGUUCAACGGCAACUACCCACCCUGAGCCAUCUAUCUUAAAUCGACCGCCUUCGCGGCCGGACUGGAGGGAGAGCUCCUUGGACGGUGCGCCCGGUCGGCUAACUACGGAUCAGACAGAGAGUCCUCGUGCACUGCUUUCCGCCGUAGACUGGGCUGUCAAGGCUGCAGAGCAAGGUCAUGGCGGCCUGCAGAACGCCGUACAUGCCGCCGAGGAAGCGGGGGUCCUGCAGAGCAAGAUGUGGGUUGGCACGCUGGGCAUGCCAACUGAUUCCCUCCCGGACCUGAUUCGAAAUGUCAUCAACGAGACUCUUCUAGAGGACUAUGACUCUUUGACGGUGUUUGUGGGUGACGGCGAGUUCGAAGGGCAUUAUGCUCAUUUCUGCCGUGCAGUUCUAUGGCCGGCGCUUCACUACCAAAUGCAAGAAAGUCCCCGGCAUACGGAUUACGAUGACUAUUCUUGGAAACAGUAUCUGAAAGUGAAUGAGGCAUUCGCCGAUGCCAUCGCCAGUCGCUGGAAACCAGGAGACCGAAUCUGGGUGCACGACUACCACCUUCUCAGCUUACCCGCACUGCUGAGGGCUAGACUACCUCAUGCGGAGAUUGGCUUCUUCCUACACACGCCAUUCCCCUCGUCUGAGAUUUUUCGCUGCUUGAAUCCACGGGAAGCUCUACUAGACGGUCUUCUCGGCGCAGACCUCAUUGGGUUUCAGACCGAGGAAUACUGUUACCAUUUUCUGCACUCUUGUAGCCGAAUUCGAAAGUUGGAGGGCCCAGGUGACGGGGUCCAGGUCGGCGAUCGAUUCGUUCGUGUCAAAAAAUGUCCCUUGGGUAUUGACUACAAGUCAUUGAACCUACUACGACAAUCGGUCGAAGUCAAAGAAUGGAUCAAUAGUAUCAUCAAUAGGUACCGCGGGAAGCACUUGAUUGUCGCGCGAGACCGAUUGGAUGCUCCAGGGGGUAUCAAGCAGAAGCUCCUAGCAUAUGAGCUCUUCCUAAAAACCUACCCCAAUUGGCGAGAAAAUGUUGUUCUUGUUCAAGUUGCCUCGUCAGCAUCCGAAAUUCCAGAGCUAGAAGCGCAGGUGUCCAAAAUCGCGAUGCGCAUCAACUCGGUCUAUUCCACACUCACCCAUCAGCCUCUAGUCCUCUUACAACAGGAUAUCAGCUACUCGCAGUUCCUUGCGCUCCUCAGCGUAGCUGACAUCUUUAUGGCCACCAAUCUCCGUGAAGGCUUGAACCUAACAAGCCACGACUUUAUUCACUGUCAAGAUGGCGAGCUGGCUUCUCAGCAGCAUGGAUCCCUGAUCUUGAGUGAAUUUACUGGCAGCGCCUCGAUAUUCCAGGGACAUGAGCUCCUGGUCAACCCAUGGGACUACAAGCGAUGCGCCGAUGCCAUCAACAAAGCACUGGAGAUGUCACCAGAGCAAAAGAAGCGCAACUGGCAAUAUCUGCUCGACCGUAAAUCACCGUACACCGCAUUGGCCUGGUUCUCAAAUUUGCAAUUUGCCCUCACAGACUCUCGCGGCUUGCAACAGCCUCACCGCACACAUACCGUCUCUCCACUUCGACUUGACGCCGUCCUAACCUCUUAUAACGCAGCCGAAUCUCGUCUUCUCUUCCUGGAAUACGAUGCCAUAUUUCCCUCAAACACCGACAGUUAUUCUUCUGAACCGUUCCGUCUUCUACAAAGACUAGCCCUUGAUUCGAAAAACGUGAUCUACCUAACCAGCAAUCGCAGCCCUGGCCAGCUUGACCUUACGUUCAGAUCACUUCCGGCGCAAGUCGGUCUCAUCGCAGAGAACGGCUGUUUUGCAAAAUUUGCCAAUACAGCCGAGUGGAAAGUUCUUUUCGACGUGAAUCAAACCCGCGCCUGGCGCGCCGACAUUAGAAAGGUAUUCGAAUGUUUUCACGAACGCACUGAAGGCAGUGUCAUCGAAGAACGCCGGUGCUCACUGAACUUCAACUACGAAAAAGCUACAGACCAGGCAGUAGCAGCUCGUCAGGCGUCCGCACUAGCAGAUCAGAUCAACAGAGCGCACAGCAGCGAAGAUAUCCGCGUCGUUCGCGACUCGGGCUUCGUCAGUGUAGUACCACUAGAUGCACAUAAAGCCGUUGCCGCCUCCAUGUUUCUGGAUCAGAAGUCCUGUGAACGAUUUCCGGACUUUAUCUUCGUGGCUGGCGGUGAUGGCGAUGACGAUGCUUUGUUUCGGUGGGCAAAUCGGUUGACGCUUUCUUCAUCCAGCUCGUCCGUGCCAAUCAACAUCGCGGUGACUACUUUGAGUACUGGUACGCGUACCACUGAAGCGAAUUGUACAUUGCCGGCUGGCUGGUCCCUGCCAGAUGUGUUACUAUCAUUGUUACUUCCAGAUCAGAAGGCAGAUGGUGAGGACGAGGGUAUUCAUGUCAAGAUCGAUGACUAGUCUUUAGGUUCCUGUUGUUUCUCCGUUCUCAUUCUUCUGCUAGCGCUUUCGAUGGACGGUAUUUUUAUGACUAGGAUGACUUCUAAUGAGACUGGUAGCCUAGGGAUCUUGUGGUUGUUUGAUGGCGAUGGCACUAGCGAGAUACCGGAUACUGUAUACUUUUGUGUCCAAGGCUCACCUCAUCUACAUCAUAGAACCCUUGCCCACCGGCGGUCUAAAGAGCUAUUAUUUCAAUAGUUUAAAGUGUUUUUGAUUUCAAUUCUGUAAUAAGUCUCACUCCAAGCAUCCCGUGGAUCGGAAACGAUAUCACAAGUAGCAAACGCAUGAAUCGUCAAAUGGAUAGACCCCAAAGGAGGUUGAUGAUCCACUCUAGAAUAAUGGAAAUUAACAAAUACAAGGCGAUGGAGGGAAAGACAUAAAGUCAGAAGCUAAUGAGGCAACUCGAUUGAUGGGAAAAAGUCGGGGGACUCGGCGAAAGUCGACCAGCCGCGACGUCGGAAGGUGAACAAGGGGGGGAAUAGAACAUGGGGCGAAGCAACAAACAGAACAAUGAAGGGCCCACCUGACAAUUGAACACUUCCAAAGAUUAAAAACCGACGUAAUGAUAUGCAGUUGCAAAAUUCUGAAAUCUGACGGCAAGAAAACCAGAGCCGUGAGUUCAGGGGAACGUGAAUCGUGAAAAGUCAGGAGCUGGGCAAUUAUAUUGCUCUGCUUCUGUGGUCUGAUGGGGGGCCUGAGUGGAGCGGCGCAGGGAGAAUAGGAGCCAGCAACUCCUGAUGAUUAGUAGCAACAAACAUGAGACGAGUUGCAUGGGAUUAUGGUCAAUGCUCAGCUCCCGGUGUUGGGGUCAUGGGAAUGGUCUUUGGAUGACGCUGAAUCAGUACUGGUAGUACCGGCAGAAAUCAGGAUCGGGGCAAUCCGGCGCUUCUUGGGUUGUUGUGUGGCUGUUGCCGAAUCAGGGCCUUUACUGUCCUCUUUUUCAGAUUCACUGGUCGCGGGUGCGUCACGCUUGCCUAGCACACUACCAAUAGAUGGAGUAGCGGCGUUGGGCAGAGGCGUUUGCGGUGGUGUCGUGAGGGGAAGGCCAGAAGGCUGCGCGGAGUGUGUCGCUGUCACCGAAGGCACGGAGCCAAGUGUCGGUGUUGGGUUGUUGAUGACGUUUGCGGACUGCUGGGUAGACGAUUGUGUCGCGACGGAGCCCGCCGAGUUAGACCGUGCAGGGCUAGCAGGAGGCACUUGGCCAUUAUGAGCCGCCGGAAACCCUCCACUGCUAGCGGGCGCGUGGGUCGCUUUGAUUGGUGAUGGAACAUGUGUUGGAGUCGGCAAAGGUGUGAUAUUGGUCGAAGGGGUGGUUGAGCUAACUGGAUUCAAGCCAGUUGAUGUCGCCCCCGUGUAUACCUGACCCAGCUCUCCGGGGGCAAAUGAAAGAGUAGAGCAGAAACCAUCCGAAGAGCUCAUGAUCAACGUCAAUCCAUCAUUAGACC